AAAAUAAAUGUUCGGGUAAUUCUGGGACACCCUCUGGUGGUCACGAUGGCCACGGCUCUUGGGCGGCAGCUGGCGCGGCUGACGGCGCCCCAGACUGCUCUUGUCAUUCAUAAAAAAGCGCGGCCUUCGCUGCUAUUCGACAAACGCGAGGCAGCGCUUCUCGACAGGGAAACUAUCUUCUCGAUCGGUGUCGAUGGCUUUGAAGACCUCGUGAAUUUAAACCCAGAUUUCAUUAAGUUCCAAGACACUUUGUUCUCGGAAAAUGCCAAGACCAUGGAGCGCGCCAUACAGACUCAAGAUGUCAACGAUAAACUGGAUCAAGUGAUUGAUGAAUUUCUGUGCCUUCUCUGUCCUUAUUUUCUGCUGAAACCAGCCCAAAAGGCCAUGGAGUGGCUCAUUUACAGAUUCCACAUUCAAGAAUUCAACGUGAAUGCUCUGCUCCGCUGCAUCUUUCCGUACCACGACACAAACAUCUUCGCGCGAGCGGUGCAGCUACUUCAAAUACAAGACGAGACCGACAGAUGGCACUGGCUGCAGCCGCUCCAGGACCCCGGCGUGCCUCUCAGCAAAGGGGCGCUCUCGGCGCGCUGUGCCGACAACCCGGCCUUUAUGAAGUUCCUCUGUGUCAUGAAUAAGAAGCUAGUGCAGGUGCACGGUGGCCGCUCCGGCGCACUGGAGGCGCCCGUGGCGCUGUUCGCCGGCGUCCUGUGCUUGGCGCUGCAGCGCACCGAAACUGUCACCGAACGUCAGGUGGCGCUGCUGGCGCCGCACGUGCUGCGCUGCGUGCGCAGUCCUCUGACGCAGCUGCGCGCCGCCGGCUACCUGUUGGCCGGCCAGCUGUCGCGGCGCGCCGGCCUGUCGGCAGAGCUGACCGCUCGGCUGCUCACGGCACUGGUCGAGGGCGUUGACGGGCCGCUGGCGGCCGAGGCCGUGGCUGCGCUGGCCGUGGUGGUGCACACGCAGGCGGUUGCGCGCCUGCCGGCGGGUGCGCUGCAACUGCUGACCGCCAGCCCAGCGCCACUGACGGGCGCACUCGACCGGCUGCCAGGUGGCGUCUCGCUGCUGCCGCUGGUCAGCUGCCUGCUGCGCACCUGUCUGUUGGAGGCAGCCGGUGGCGACUCGACGGCGGCUGCCAUGGCAACGGCCGUGGCCGCCUCUGCGCGGAUCGAGUCGACCAGCGAACAACAGCUACUCAUCAGGUCAGUGCACCGCGCUCUGCGUCGGCCGUAA